UACACAGCGCGUGGUGGUGUGUCGAGGCGGUAAGCACAGCGGUCGGUUAAAUGUCUCGCACGCACGCACGUACGACAGCAGGGACGGCGAGUGAGAGUGCGGCAGUGGUGUGUGUGUGUGUAUGUGUAUUUGUGUGCGCUGCACCCGUCCCGUAGCCGUAGUGUAAUGUGUAGUCUUGGAUCGGCGAUGCUGCCGUGAGCGUGUACGACGUAACGUGUGUAAAACGCGUUCUCCUUCUCGCUCGUUCCCUGUCUCUUCCUCUCCACGCUAAUCGUCUACCCGGAGGUAGUCAUGAGCAGCGUUCUCGCGACCCGCGAGGAGUGAUUCAGUGAGUCAGUGCUCGUUUGUGUGCCCGCCGCGGAUACACGGAUACAUGUCACUUGCGGCCGCACCACCGUCGACGAUACCAUGACGGUUACGCGUGCCGCUGCCGUCGAACGCGUCACCACCGUGCAGGAAACGCAGCGAAGAUUUUGAGAUAAACGUGAGGAUUUUAAGAUGGCCGCGAAAACGGACGAUACGGCGUCUAUCGACAAUCCCAACGAUGGAGAGAGUCUGGACAAGGAGAUGUUGACGCUCAGUGGAACCGAUGGAAGGAUUCCGCCAUCAUAUCUGUACAAUACGGGAUCAGAGCAGAGUACGGGAAUCUCGGAUCAGGAACGCACCACACGAAACCGUACUCCAGUCACGGAUGAUCAAUUAGGUCCGUUACCAUCUAACUGGGAGAAGGCAUACACAGACACUGGAGAAGUUUAUUUCAUAGACCACAAUACAGGCACAUCUCACUGGCUGGAUCCGCGUCUGUCGAAAUUUCAAAAAAGAUCUCUUGAGGAAUGCCUUGAUGAUGAAUUACCCUACGGUUGGGAGAAAAUUGACGAUACUUUAUACGGCACGUACUUCAUCGAUCACGUGAAUCGUAGAACUCAAUACGAAAAUCCAGUGUUGCAAGCGAAAAGAGCGCAACAGAACAUGCUCGAGAGGAAGAGUCCCAACUUUACCAGAAAUCCUGACAAACUAAAAGGUCAGAGAAUACGGACUACCUUAAUAAAGAGCUCGCGGGGCCUGGGAUUCACCAUUGUCGGCGGUGACGACACCGUGGAAGAAUUCCUCCAAAUUAAAAGCGUCGUGCCAAAUGGCCCAGCGUGGCUGGAUGGGAAGCUGCAAACUGGGGACGUGUUAGUUUACGUUAAUGAUACCUGCGUGCUAGGAUUCACGCACAACGAAAUGGUAAACGUAUUCAAAUCAAUCGGCAGCGGCGAGACUGUAACUUUGGAAGUGUGCCGAGGUUACCCGUUGCCCUUCGAUCCCAAUGAUCCUAAUACGGAAGUUGUGACCACAAUCGCCGUUAAUGCACCAGAUCCCGCGAUGUACAUGGAUCUGAAUUCGUCUCUCCAAGACAACAGACGUUUUAAUUUUCUCGAUUCGACAUUUUUGCCAGUGCACAGUCUACAAAAUGGUGAGAAUCUCGCCACAACAUCCGUCAACUCGAUGCCCGAUCUCUGUAUUUCGGAUAAAAUUAACACGAUAAAAAGACCAAGUAGCACAGACAUUCUGCUGUCGGAGAGCAGUGAUCUAAAUGACUGUAAAGACUCAUCGGUGUCUUCCAAGCCAGAAUUUCUCAGCAUCGCUAUCGUAAAGGGAGCCAUGGGAUUUGGUUUUACGAUAGCGGACUCUGCUCACGGCCAGAAGGUCAAGAAGAUUCUGGAUCGUCAGCGUUGUAAAAACUUAAUGGAGGGCGAUAUUUUGGUCAAUAUAAAUGACAUCAAUGUCAGGAACAUGUGCCACUCGGAGGUGGUGCAGGUAUUGAAAGACUGUCCACGUAACGAGGAGGCAUUGAUACACGUUCAACGAACGACGACCAAGUUGAAGGAGAAGAAAGAAAAAAGCGCACAGGACUUUUUCAGAAGCAAAACACCCACCGCGGACAUCUACAGCACUCAGUCGAAGACAGUGAUACCUAGUAGGCCAAAAACGCCAUUGAUCGAUACCAGGAAUCGUCCCAAGUCGCCGACUAUCACGAGUAGACCGAACUGGAAUGACAUGCAGGGCGAAAACGAAUUGAAUCCACUGGACAAUCACUACAAAUAUUCCGACUAUUCACACGGAAUGUAUUAUUCGGAUCCAUAUAAGGCCAACAUCACGGCCAACCUGUCGGACAAUUUUGCGGUAAUGAAUCUCGAUGACGAUUCCAUCAGGAACGUUCCGAAACGUGACUGGGUAGCGAAUGACAAGUUGAACAUCAGUAAUGAUAUGUACUCCAUCGACAUCUCUCGUAACAAUAUGCUUAAGCAAAACGGAUAUUUGCACUCCGAGUAUUACAAGGACGUCUAUCCAGUUCAAUCACAUUCCCAGUACAAUGAAGAUUACAAUGUGUAUUCCAUCGGACAAGAGCAGAACGUUGACACUGGUGAGAUCUGGGAUAAGCGGAAAGAAACUACCAGUUUCGAGCAUGAACAGCCACAUUCCAGUUCCAUAUCUCGAUAUCCUCAAUACACGAACGAAUUGGUUUGUCCAAUGGUACCCGACAUAGAAUGGAUAGAAACUUUAGUGACUUUAGUCAGACAAGACACUGGAUUUGGAUUUAGAAUAGUUGGCGGUACAGAAGAAGGAUCUCAGCAGGUUUCGGUUGGUCAUAUCGUUCCCGGUGGAGCAGCUGAUCUCGAUAAUAGACUCAGUACUGGCGAUCUGAUCAUGUCUGUCGAUGGAGAGAGCGUCAUGAACUCUUCUCAUCAUCACGUAGUUCAGUUAAUGAUAGCGGCGGCACAAAACGGUCGAGUAACUCUAGGAAUACGACGCCGAAUCAACACACAGGAGCAUCUUCAGGAGAAUCUUCAGUCUUCCUACGGUCGACAAAUGAAUCUUCAAUAUCCUUACGACGUCACCGUUAAUCGGAUGGAAAACGAAGGAUUCGGUUUCGUGAUAAUUUCGUCUGUCAACAAAGCUGGUUCCACGAUCGGCAGGAUAAUCGAGGGCUCGCCCGCCGAAAGAUGCGGCAGAUUGAACGUCGGAGACCAUAUUCUCGCUGUCAAUCAUAUAGAUAUCAUGAACGUUUGCCACAAAGAUAUCGUCAAUUUGAUUAAAGAUUCUGGUUAUUCCGUCACAUUGACAAUUGGAUAUCCAUUGGAUGAUUGCUGUAGCAAUACGUCUCUUUCUCAAAAGGACGAGCCUACAGGUGAUGGUGAUGGGGGCCAAUACCAUGCUGUAGAGUUAACUCGGGGCACCCGAGGUUUUGGCUUCAGUAUACGCGGUGGUCGUGAAUUUCAAAACAUGCCAUUAUUCGUUCUGCAGAUUGCAGAAAACGGCCCAGCGUCCAUCGACAAUCGACUUAGAAUUGGCGAUCAGAUAAUUGAGAUAAAUGGUAUUAAUACUAAAAACAUGACACAUACAGAAGCGAUUGAGAUUAUACGUAAUGGUGGACCAUCUGUUCGUUUAUUAGUACGACGUGGCUGCCAGAUGCCUUCAGUGGUAGGUGCUCCUCCACAUCUCUACGAUAUGAAUAUAUAGAGAAUUAACCUUUUGAUAAUAACAUAUUAAUCUUAACUUCAUGACAUUUUCUUCUACUUUUGAUGAUACUAAUGCUAACAUUAGCACUGUAUAGAAUCUUUUUGACGAUCUGGAAAACAGCUUUUCAGGGUACAUAACAUUAGGUAAUUAUGCUAAGUGAAGAAGAUGUAAGACAAUACAAGAAAAAAAGAAUCUCAAAUAGACGAUUACAUAAUAAUUUGCUAUUACAAUGACGGUAAUAUGUUUCAUAUUCAAUAUGAAAAAUUGUGUUGUAUUGCACAAUUCUUUGCAAUGUCUUGUGCGAUUCUAAAAUAACAGAGAUUUAAAAAAUGCAUUUAUAAAAAUUGUAUACACAUAUAUAAUUCAUUUUUGUAGUUAUAUUACGUGCUCCUUUUACAGUUACGCAAUGUGAAUGAUUUAAACUGUAUGCACUGCAAAUUUGUCAUUACGAUAAAUGUUUAAUCUGCCUUUAAAAGUAGCGCCGAGCUAAAUUUAAUAACACCAAUGUGAUCAAUUUGCGAUAAUGAAUGAUAAUGCACAGUGAUGACAAAAAGUUUCUAUCGUAAUUAUUAUGCUUAUAGGUGUGUCAAAAAGUAUUCUCUAAACAGAAAGAACGGAUAUUCGAAAGGGGACACAUAUAGAUAACUUUUUUUCUUGCAGCUUGCGAAGGUUUUAAUAUAAGGACAAUUGUACUUGCUCACCUUAACAAAAAUUAGGCUGGUGCUAACCUAGUUUUUCUUAAUCGAUCUAAUCAGCAGAGUAAAACGUAAUUUCAUCCUAACACGUGUGAUAGCUUUGAAAGUAUAUGUGCCUUGUUGCGCGUGUUCCGUAUUUAAUGAGAUUAUUAAAAAUAAAAUACAACCGCAGCCUUCGAAAGUGGAUUGUAAAUUUUCAUUGAAAUUCAUUGUAGAAUAAUCUCACAAUCGACCAAAUAAGUAUUCGACCGAACCACGAGGGCACCCCGUGCAGGCAUUUAUCGAAAUUACCCGAGAGGGGUGUGCCCGUACCCCGCAAAAAACGUCAAAAAGUUCGAUUUUCUAUUUCAUUGAACUGCUGCUCAUCCAAAAACAGAUACUUAUAGCUACUUGUAGGCUACUUCGUAAGACGCGCAGAAUUCGUUUUUUUACGCAGAAAAAUUUUUUACAGCAUUUAUAAGAUGCGUGGACUCCUCAUUCUACUUUUUUCUUUUUAGGGAAAACAUUGUUAAUUUAUACAAAUGCGAAUAGUAUAAUCACACAAAUGACUUGUAUUAACAUAUGAAAAUACAUAUGUAGGAAAUUUAGCGCAGUAUAAAUGCGUUGAGAGUAUAAAGUUACAGACGUUAUCUGUUUGCUGACGCAAGCAGCAUCGAUACAUAUAGAGAAUCUCAGAAUUCGAUAUCUAAUAUCACAUAAAGAUGACACAGACAGCGGUAUGUCCAUACGCGCUGUAAGGUGAUAUUUUGUAGACUGGCGAUAUAAUAAUAUAAAUUUAUUAUUUGUCUGCUUUUUUCUCGAUAACGUUUUUCAAAGUUGUAGACUUUUAAAAUUUAGACUCCUAUCAUAUAUAGACACCACUUUAUGAAUCUUUUUAGAUAGCAACAUAAUUGUGGCCUUGACGAUAAAGUAUUACAUCUUUUAAAAAAAUAUAAGGAGGGAUCUCGCGUGAGAGAUUUUGUCUUAUUUGCUCAUAACGCGCGAUUAUUACACAGUGUUUACUAUCUUUAAUAUCUUUUUAAAUUUAAUAUGCAAGAUUUCUGUGUGCUUUUCUUUGUGAUUAUUGAUGAUUAGGAAAAACAUUUAAAAAGUGUAAUAUAAUAAAUUUAUUUUAAAAUUUAUUUCAAAAUAAAUUUAUUUCAAAGUUGUGUUAAAAAUUCUCUAAUUUUAUAUCUGGAUAAAAUUUCUAGGAAGUAAUUUUGAGACUUUUUUUACAAAAUUACAGUAAACACUCUGUUCUACUAUAAAAUUUUGAAAAUUCUGUUGAUGUCUUAUCUCUCCUCAUCCCCCUUUUUCCUAAGUAUUUAUUAUCACUUAUAUGAAAUGUAUAUGUCAGUAAUUAUGUAUAAAAUUAAGGACUCAUACAACCAAAGAAGUAAAUGCACCUGUCAGCCAUUUUGUUCUGAGAUUGAAUGUGGUGGAAGAUCGAUAUGAUAGAAUCUAUUAUUGUAAUAAAAAAUUAAUCUUUUUAACGGGUGACAAUUGUUAUUACACCCGGGACUAGCACGAUGUAUUUAUCGAUGAAUUAUGCAUAGAGAAAUUAUAACGAAGAAUAAAUUUCAUAGAAAUUUUUCUUCUUCACUCUUUUCAAUAUUUAUGAAAGUUGUAUGUUUGAAAGAGUAACGUAUAUAUUUUUUUACCUGUAAAAUAGUUAGAGAUGGCAGAUGUUGUUCAGCAUGAUAAGAGAAAUGAUAAAAAGAAGGAAAAGAUAAACUAGAUUGUAUUUUUAGAUCUCAGGA